GUAAGUUGGAGAUGCCCGUUGGGUUAUAAAGGGAGUGGACACCGCCUUUAGAUGAUGCUUCACAUUCCGUUGUGCUUUACGUACCUCUUACCUAAAGUAUAGGGCCGCGUCUGCCGCGAAGCUAGCUUGUGUGUCAAGAUGAAGCUUUUAGCGGCGCUGUGGUUACCCUAUGUAACCUUAUCUUACGCAUCAUGGGUUCCCACGCCACCGGCGUUCUCCCAAGAUCUCGAUCCGCGUUGGCAAAAGCAAUCAAGUCGCCGUCAAGGAAAUGCCCUUUCGGAGUGGCCUUAUGGCCCCUUUAGAACUAAAGGGAGGGAUAUUGUAAAUAGUCGGGAUGAAGCAAUUACUUGGGCUGGUGUGAAUUGGCCUAUGAGUGGCGAGACGAUGAUACCAGAAGGGUUAGAGUGGAAGUCCGCAGAAGACAUCCUAGACGAUGUUGUUGGAGUUGGCUUUAAUUUCAUCCGCAUGGGAUAUGCGAUCCAAAUGGUUGACGAAAUAUACGACCGAGGAGGCGACGACGUACCCCUCGAGGUUGCUAUGAUCGUCGCUCUUGGGUACGAGAACGGCACUAAAGUCACUAACGAUAUUAUUGCCAAAAACCCUAACUGGACUCGUGAGACAACUCGUUUUGAGAUCUGGUCGGAUAUCGCCAGCAUUGCCGCAUCCAAGGGCGUGUAUAUCCAUCCCGACGUCCAUGUUGGCAAAGCUCAAUGGUGCUGCAGCCACACCGACGGAAACGCCUGGUUUGAUGACGUGAACUUCAGCGCUUCCAACUGGAGACGUGGACUUUCUUACAUUGCAACUUGGGCUAAGAACCACCCCAACAUUGUUUCCAUGUCGCUGCGAAACGAACUACGCGAAUCCUGGAACCGCACCGACUUGUACUACAACUGGGAGACGCUCGUGGGCAACAUGAGCGCGGGAGCGGACGCGAUCCACGCGGCGAACCGGGAUCUGCUCAUCACGUGGUCGGGCAUGCAGUACGACGAGGACCUGUCGGCGCUGACGACGGGGAAAAACAUCCUCACGGCGCCGUGCUACAAGUGCACGGCGAUCCGCGACGCGCACCGCCGGGACCCCGUGUACUUCGACCUCGACAGCCACCCGUGGGCGGACAAGAUCGUGUGGGAGCUGCACCUGUACCCGAUGAGCGAGGACGUGGACACGGGGACCUGCGAGGCGAUCGAGGCGGGGCUGUACCGGCACGGGUUCAACGCGCUGGGGAUCGAGCGGCCGGCCGGGUGCGAGGUCACAGGGGACUGCGCGCCGGCGCAGCGGCUGACGCCCGUGAUAUUCUCCGAGUUCGGCAACGCGCAGGACGCGACGCUGUACAACAGCACGGUGCAGAGCUGCAUCCGCGGGUUCACGGAGAGGCACGGCGUCGGCUGGAUGAUGUGGAGCCUCGCGGGCAGCUACCGCGUGCGCUCCGGCGUCCAGGGCCUCGUGGAUACUUGGGGCUUGACGAACGCCGACUGGUCCGCUUGGAGGGACCCGGAUACGGUGGAGAAUUACUGGAAGCCCUGGGUUGCGGCUAUGAAUUUGACGAGGAAGGGAUGAUAUGAGUAAGUAAGUAAGCUGAAUGUGUUAUAUAGAGGUACGUAGGUAUACGAUAUGAAAUAUCAUGUGAAUAUGCCACGAAGUUUGCCGAUAUUUUGAAUCCGCCCAGGUAGA